GGGAAGUUGCUGAAGUUGGGUGAGCCGCCCGGGCCUCGCCGCCGCCUUCUGCUCCUCUUCCUUCUCUUUCUCCUCCGCCGCCCCGAGCGUGUCGGCGCCCGCUCCCGUCCUCGCCGCGGCCGCUCGCCGUGCAUGAUGGAAACACCAUGGCUUCGGCGGCCCAGCUCUCCCUGACCCAGUUGUCAAGUGGGAACCCAGUCUAUGAAAAAUUCUAUCGACAGGUGGACUCAAACAAUGUUGGAAGGGUGCUGGCGUCUGAUGCUGCAGCUUUUCUGAAAAAAUCGGGUCUUCCAGACUUGAUCCUUGGAAAGAUCUGGGACUUGGCAGAUACAGAUGGCAAAGGUAUCCUGAACAAGCAGGAGUUCUUUGUUGCUUUGAGACUCGUGGCCUGUGCACAAAAUGGACUGGAUGUUUCCCUAAGUAGCCUUCACUUGGCCGUCCCUCCACCUCGAUUUCGUGAUUCAAGCAGCCCAUUGCUACUCAGUGGACCAGCAUCAACAGAGCUCCCGUGGGCUGUCAAAUCAGAGGAGAAGGCCAAAUAUGAUGCCAUUUUUGACAGCCUUAACCCUGUGAGUGGGUUAUUAUCUGGUGAGAAGGUGAAGCCGGUGCUGCUCAACUCCAAGCUGCCUGUGGAUAUCCUUGGGAGAGUUUGGGAGUUAAGUGAUAUUGACCAUGAUGGAAUGCUGGACAGAGAUGAGUUUGCCGUCGCCAUGUUUUUGGUAUACUGUGCCUUGGAGAAAGAACCUGUGCCAAUGUCCUUGCCGCCAGCCUUGGUGCCACCUUCAAAGAGAAAAAUGGUCAGUACCUCAGCCUCCAAGCGAUCGAUGCCUUCCAUAGCACCUGCCAGGGACCCAUGCCGAGCGUCACCUCCAAUAGGUGUCUUACCUACCAGAGCAGUAACACAGUGGGUCAUAUCACCUGCAGAAAAGGCAAAAUAUGACGAGAUAUUCCUGAAGACUGAUAAGGACAUGGAUGGCUUUGUGUCUGGGUUUGAGGUCCGAGAGAUUUUCCUCAAGACAGGAUUAUCAUCUGCUUUACUAGCACAUAUCUGGGCACUAUGCGAUACAAAGGACUGUGGGAAGCUUUCCAAGGAACAGUUUGCCCUGGCUUUUCACUUCAUUAAUCAGAAGUUAACCAAGGGCAUCGAUCCUCCUCAGAUUCUUUCUGCUGAGAUGAUCCCACCGUCAGAUAGGGCCGGUUUGCAGAAGAGCUUUGUAGGCUCGAGUCCAGUGGCUGAUUUUUCUGCUAUUAAGGAGCUCGAUUCCCUGAACAACGAAAUAAUGGAUCUGCAGAGGGAAAAGAACAACGUGGAGCAGGAUCUCAAGGAGAAGGAAGAGCACAUCAGACAGAGGACCAGCGAGGUCCAGGACCUUCAAGAUGAAGUCCAGAGGGAGAGCUCCAACCUGCAGAAGCUGCAGGCCCAGAAGCAGGAGGUGCAGGAGAUCCUGAGUGGGCUGGAUGAGCAGAAGGCCACACUGGAGGAGCAGCUGAACGAUGUCAGACAGCAGUGUGCCCAGGAGGCCCACCUGAUUUCCUCUCUGAAAGCUGAAUUAACAAGCCAGGAAUCUCAGAUCUCCACUUACGAAGAGGAGCUGACCAAGGCCCGAGAGGAGCUGAGCCGCCUGCAGCGUGAGACGGCUGAGCUAGAGGAGAGUGUGGAGGCGGGCAGGGCCCAGCUGGGCCCCCUGCAGCAGCAUCUGCAGGAGUCGCAGCAGGAAGUCACCUCGAUGCAGGUCAGACUGACUGAGAUGAGGGAGCUGGACAACCCCAGCAGUCAGGAGAGCUGGCUCAGGAGCCCCCAUGGCAGCCUGGUCAACGGUGCCACCGAGUACUGUAGCCUCAGCAACAGCAGCAGCGAGACGGCCAACCUCCACGAGCACUUAGACACCCCGAGCACCCUGGAGACGGAGCCAGUGGCCCAGGAGUCUCCGGUCAGAAGCAGUCCUGAAGUUCCUUCCUCUGAGGUAGCCAACGAGAAGGAAGGGGAGACUCCCACAGUACCUGAAAAAGAAGAUUUCUUUAAUUUAGACUCGAGCUCCCUGUCUGAUACUGCUGUGGAACCGAACCUGGAUUUCUUCCAGUCGGACCCUUUCGUUGGUCGGGACCCUUUCAAGGAUGAUCCUUUUGGGAAAAUAGAUCCGUUUGGAGGUGACCCCUUCAAAGGGUCAGACCCAUUUGCCGCCGACUGUUUCUUCAAGCCAUCUGUGACUGAUCUUUUUGCUUCCUCGGAUCUUGACCCCUUCUCUGCAGCCAGCAGCGGCAGUGAUCCCUCGAUAGAGACUCUGAAGGACAACGACCCUUUUGCCCCUGGUGGAACAGUUGUUGCCGCAGCAAGUGAUCCAGCUGUGGACCCCUUUACAUCCGUGUUUGGAAGUGAUUCCUGUGAAGUUGGAUUCGCUGACUUCAGCACCCUGGCCCAGGACAACAACGAAGACCCAUUCACCCCGGUCUCAUUCAGCUCUAGUGACAACGUGACUGCGACUCAGAAUGUGUUUGAGGAGCCCCCUCCAGUCAGAGAUGAAGACAUACCCCCUGCUCUGCCCCCCAAAACCGGGACACCGACACGGCCCUGCCCUCCCCCACCUGGGAAAAGAUCUCUCAGCCAAUUGGACUCUUCCGAUUCCUUAAAACUGAAUGACCCAUUUCAGCCUAUCGCAGGCAAUGAUAGCCCCACAGAGAAAGCUCUCGAUCUGUACCGCGGCCCGCACACCACUGCUUCCGCCACCACUGCCCAUAACGAGCCUGCCCCAAGCUGCGGUGCUAACGUCAGCGGUCAGUACCCAACUGAAGAAGAUAUGAUCGAAUGGGCGAAGAGGGAGAGUGAGAGGGAGGAGAAAGAGAGACUUGCUAGGCUAAACCAGCAGGAGCAAGAAGACUUGGAGCUGGCCAUCGCCCUGAGUAAAUCGGAGAUAUCGGAAGCAUGAAAGGCUAGGGCAACGCUGCCAGCAGCAUUCUUCCUCCUGGAAAUGAUUAUUGGAAGUCACCUGUGAGCAUGAGACUGACUAGCAAAGGUCUUCAAUUCCUGUGGGUUGGGUCGGCUCUUCUUGUCACAUGGCAGACUUUAGCAUUUUAUGCUGUACCUGAAAUCUGGCAGCAUUCACCUGGGUGGCUUUGAAAGGGUCAGAUCUGAACCCUAGAACAUGCCCUUUCCCAUAACUCGGAGAUGAGCUGCCCUUUUGGCCGCUUCCAGCCUUUGUCCUCAACAAAGCAAGGGGCUCCUAGGGCCGCCGUGGUCUGAAGGAGGUGGGCUGGGCAAUGCCUCCUGUUGUUGGAGGACCAGCCUGCUACUGCACAUAGUGAUAUGGAAGGUGAACCUGCAUGCUUCCAUUUCCUUCUUAUAAAAGUAAUGGUCGGCUUUGGUUUUCCUCUGGACCAGGGGAGGGCCUUGCUUAGCUAGAUUCAUACCCUGGACAAGGAAUGGUUGGUAGCCAGGGGGCAUGACUUCAGAUUGGCUCUGUUCCAAAAUGCUUAUGUGGGAAAUAGGUCAAAAGCCCUGCUUCAGAUCAUCAGAGACCUCCCUCUCCAUGUUUGUAACAACAAACCACAGAUGGUGGAGAAAGACCAACGUUUUGAGAGGUUACCCCAUCCAUCAGUUCUGAGCAGAAACCUUAAUUAACAUGGUGAUAAUUCUCCCCUUCCCAGGACACGCACCAUUGGCUCUGGUUCAUCACAGGUUUUCGUAACCUGUACCUUUGGCCAGGAGCUUGAGUAAGCCAGGGCUAUUAAGAUACUUUAUCAUCUGUGUACAAAUGUUUUCUUCCGUGAAAGUUCCACUUGACUUGCCAUGGAGGUACAAUGGGCCAAGGCAAUCUAUCUCAUUAAAAGCUUGGUGAGACUUGGAGGGAGUUUGGUUAGCUCUCCUCUCCUCUAAUGAUUUCUCUGAGAAGAGCUGGUGAGGCCAGCAGGGGUUGUCUGCAGCUCAGCUAGCCACAAGGACCCAGCCCUUCCCGAUGGGAAGCAAGGUCCCCAGGCCCAUCCCAGGUGACAGCAGUUCUGCCCUAAGGCGCUCUGUAGACUCUGACAGAAAGAUGGAAUAACUUUUGGCUUCUUUUUGUAACAACUUAUUAACUGUUCAUGUCACAUAUCAAAGGCCAAGAUACAAAAAUGGCGCCUGAGACCCAUGUUACAUUCCCAGUAGCCCCCCAGGUCAAGUGUUCAUGGAAGUGGCUCAUUGCCUCCCUGUGUAUUUCAUCCACUUGUUAAAAGACCUGCUUUAGCUUAAUUUUGGAGCUGCCCCGAUCCCCAGUGGUUCCCCUAGCCCCAACACAAUUGGACUGUAGUGAGGCCAUAUCUGCUUUGUAAAUAGAAUUGUUUCCAGGUCAAAUCCUCAGCUGAAAUGAGAACCGUUGGCCCCUCCCAAGGCUCGGAGCUCCCCACUGGCCCCAAAGGUCUUUAAGGAGGGUGGCUUUAGGCUGGUGGUGAGUGCUUCCCCUCCCCCCUUUGUUAUUUCAGGAAAACAGGUAAGCUGACUUGAACAACCUUCUUUUGCACUGGGAAAAUGAGCAGCGUUACAGCUGCUCAACCAAUAGGAACCUUUGGCAAGUAUUCAAUCCCUCUGGUGUGUCUAUACCAACUUUGAUGUCUUCUGUGUACACUAAUCUGCCAUGUUUAACUGGACUACAUCGACUCUGAGCUUUUGUUUUAAAACAUACACUCAGUGGACCAAUAUGCUAUUAAAAGUGUAUAUAUUCUCUGUGUGUGCGUGUGUGUGUGCGCGUGUGUAUGUGUGUGUGUGUUCCUGCUCUCACAUCUGGUAGUAAAAUCUGGGCAUCUCCUGGCGGUCACUUCCAGCUUCUUGACUCUUGCUCUGAUGCCCACCAUACUUGAAGGCAAGAUCGGCCCCAAUGGGCACAGGGCAGUGGUGUUUCAGGUGUGCUUAGGCUCUCUUUAUAGGAUUUCCUCCCUUGUCUCCAAACUUCUAAACAAUAGCUUGUAAUUAUGAGGAAAUAAACUUUAAAUAUAUAAC